UAGGGGGCCCUGAUUCACGCUACACACUCGUGACGCUCGCAGGCAGGCAGAGUGGCGGCGGACACGAGUGAGGGAGUAUAUAUCUUCUCUCCCUCCACCGCCCGGAGCACUGGCUGGCCUGGAGACGAGCUGGCGAACGUGUGUGUAGUGCUGUGCUGGUAGCGUUCUUCUCUCCCUACUUCUCUCCUGUCUUAGAAACUCACGCCCCUCCUGAAGACGCAGAAGGGGCGGCAGGAUGAAGGCGAUGGCGGCCGCAGGAGGCUUCCAGGACUCGGUGAAGAGGGUGAUGACAGCGAGGACCUUGGGAAAGAAGACUGAGGCGCCCGCGACCCACGAGGAGGAGGAUGAGUCAAAGAGCGAGAGGCGGAGGUGCUUCCAGAAGGUGGUGAAAAAAGUGGUGCAGACGCAAAACACUGUCAACAACGUGUCCCGCCGCCCGCACAAGCACGUCUUGUACCCCAGCAGAAGCAGAUCAUGUAUAAGACGUGUUUCCAUAGUCGGAGCGGAGCCGAUAACUCUGGAAACUGCUAUGGAGCUACGGACGGUGGUGUUCGGGGCGGCAGACAUUCACCCGUUUUCUUUGGGAGAGUGGCUGGACCAUCCCUUCACCUUCUACGACGCGGGCACGGCUCAAGCUUACGGCCUGCGGGUUCCGAACUCCAGCACUAAGGGGUUCGUGAUGUGCGUGCAGGCGUUCGUGCUCAAACACCUCCUCUUCAGCUCCAGGAAACUCGGCGCCGUUGCGGAUGUGCCGAAGUUGCUACGCACGACGCGGGCGGCGCAGGUGGAGGCGCUGCUGGGGGCGCUGAGUGACAUGCUGUGGACGGCGGGCGGUAGGCAGGGCGCUGUUCUCUGCCUGGCGCACAGUGAGGGGAACAGCAGUGACGACCCGCAGUACAUGAACGACGGGUGCACGGAGAAGAUUGUGGUUUUCCAGCUUGGCAGUUAUGAGGAAGUCAAAUAUACCAUAAAGAAGUAUUUAUUUGAGAUGGUGACGGAGGGGCACCACGGAAUGCUUCUCUUUCUGUAUAGCAUUGUUCUCUCCCGGACCUUCCCCGCGUUACAAGAGGACAUGUCAGGCGAGACUCACCCGCUGAUCCAGACGAACGGCAGCAUCCACCCCUGUCUGGUAACACUGCUGCUGACGGGUCGGGCCACGCACCACCUCCACAACGGCAUCAUCUACGAGGGGGACGAGAACACCAUGGCGCGGCCGAAGACUGGGAUCCUGCAGCGGGCGGAGGUUGGGCUGCUGGUGUGGAAGAGGCAGGAUGGAGGGCCAGUAUUGGUUGGAUCGCGCCUCAAAACUCCCUCUCUGCCUAUCUGGGUGACGCGGUGCAAUGACGCCUACGGAAUACUCUUCAACCCAAACAGGGACCUCAUCAGGGACUACCACGCCGAGAACAGAUUCGACCUGUACUACUACUCCUCCAACUCGAGUCAAAACGCCACCACCAUCCUGACCAUUGACACCAGAAGCCCUUCCUUCCGCGAGGAGUACCAGCUGUCGCCCCUGGAGAACCUCAUCCACACCAAGUGGAUGGAUGCCGAGGUGAACUGGAACGGCACGGCGCCCUACGUGUAGCAUCUCGCCCCUUCCUCCCUUCCUCGUCGCCUUCGUCAUCCCGACCCUCAGGAGAAAAACUUUAGCGCUAAGAUAUCCUUUCCUCGUCCUUCUUCCAGCCCCAUUACAGCCCCUUGCAUCAUACAGGUCCUACAGUCCUUCUUCCACCCAGAGACAAGUCCUUCAGCCUCCUCUACAGUAAUCCAGCCCUUCUCUAAGUUCCAAACAAGGUCCUUCAUACUAUCCUUCAAAUCAUUUACGUAUCCACUCCUCCUUCCAAGCCUACAAAAGUCCUUCAGCCUGUUUUGAAAGUCCUACAGUGAUCUAGUCCUUCUUUCAUUUCCAAACGAGAUCCUUCGGUCCAUCCUGUUCUUCCUUCAGUUCAUCCUACAGAUCAUUCACGCAUCCAGUCCUUUCAUCGGUCAAUUUGGUCCUUCCUUCAGCCAAUUCGAAAAGUCCUACAGACACCCAACGCUUCUUUCAUUUCCAGACAAACUCCUUCACUCUAUCCUACAAAUCCUUCACGCAUCCAGCCGCCUUUCUUCCAGCCUAGCCAAGCCCUUUAGUCUAUCCUACACAUUCCUCAACUACUCUGCCCUUCUCCUAGCUCCAUACAAGAUCCCUCGGCCCAUCCUAUGAAUCCUUUACGCAUUCAGACCUUCUUGCUGCCAUUCAGACCAGUCCUACUUGUCCUCCACCCACCUCGUCCUUCUUCCAGACCCAAGGAAAUCUUUCAAGUUAUCUUUCAAACCCUAAGCCCUUCCCUGUGUUCUUCAGCCAAGAUUUCAUUUCAGGAUCACCAACAUAUCCGUCCAUAUUUCCUUCUCUCACUCCUCCUUCAUCCUCCAGGGGUCCAGUUCACCUUCAGAAGAUAAUGUGCAGGUGUUCCCAUGCCCCUUACCCAACUCAGUGCCUCACAGUAUAAAUAGGAAGCUUCGUAAGUAGGAGUGUAACAUAGAGAGUGAUAUUUUUGCGUAGACUCGUGAGAAGACUGACUAGAGUUCCUGGUAUUACGAGCCGUGUUCCUCAAUGUUUUCGCGUCAUGUCUCUGCCUUGGCUACAUUGAACAGGCUAUGGUAUAUGCAAUGAGGGUCUCCAAGGGUGUCAGCAUGAUUCAGAUGGAAAAAAAAACACGCCAUGAGAACUGACGUAUCAUCUCUGUGGCCUUUGGAAAUAGUCCCGGUACGAGAGUAAAGAGUUUCGGCUCUACCUCUACCUUGGCUACAUUGAACUGGCUAUAGUGCAUGUGAUUCACGUCUCCAAAGGUGUCUGUAUGAUUCAAGUGAUAGUUUAACAAGGUUUCUUCAUUACCAGUGGGAAAGACACUCAUGAGAACCCGACUAGUCAUCAAUGUGGCCUUUGAAAACUCCUGGUGAGAGAGCAAACCGUUGAAGAAUUACUGGCUUUUGUUUCGAGGUUACGAUAUUUGCUUCCUCAAACUUGACGCUUAGAGCUCUUUGGGAGUUAGGAAUUGAGUUGGAAGUACGAGAAUGAGCUAGUUUUGCCCGGCCAGUGUAAUAUAUAUAGGGAGCAAGUUAGCUAAAGUGUGUGUGUGCGUGUGUGUGUGUGUGUGAGUGUGUGUUCCUGAGUAGCGCUGGGGCUUCCUCCAGGUUGCCACACACACCUGACCAAAGAAAGGGAUGUGCGGUGCUCAACUACACUCUGUUCUAGGUAACUUGGCGAACAAGCUUCUCCUCCGUUACACACCAACCAAAUCUUGGCACAAAAAGAGGUGGAGCUUAUCAAACUAAACCAACGUCUCGGAGAAGCAACGGAGAGCCAAUCAGAUGCGUUCUCCAGUAGACCACGGCAAAUAGCGAGCCUAGAGUCACUAUAGGGGCGGAGACUAACCAGUCACGUGGGUUGGAUUGCAGAGGAGGAGGAGCGUGUUCGCCAAGUUACCCUGAACAGACUGGCUGAUUAAUAUAGUAGUGUAUAAUCAAUGUAAACUUGCUGUAAAUUCAUGCAGGGUGGAGAGCAACUGAAAUGUAGCAGCAGAAUAGGGAACAGCAACAAGGUA